AUGGGGUCGACUAAUGCGGAUGUAGAAAAGGUCUUGGCUGAACCACUUCAAGAUGAAAACCACUCAACGAAUCUGUCGAAUGAUGUCCAUGAGAAAGAGCCGGAACCAGAAUUCGACACAGGGUUAACGACAUGGCUGCAAUGCCUGGGGUCAUUCUUUCUUUUCUUUAAUUCAUGGGGCGUCAUCAACACAUGGGGUGCGUACCAAACCUAUUAUGAGCAAGAGCUGCUCGUAGGCACCUCAUCGUCUACUAUUGCCUGGAUCGGAUCCCUGCAAUCUUUUCUGUUGAUGAUGAUUGGAGUCAUCACCGGGCCAUUGUUUGAUGCAGGCUACUUUCGAGCCCUCAUCAGCUUCGCUGCCUUCCUGUUACCAUUUGGCUUGAUGAUGACUAGUCUUGCCACCAAAUAUUGGCAACUUAUCCUUUCCCAGGGUGUCUGCAUCGGACUCGCAGCAGGCUGUCUCUUCGUGCCUUCGGUCGCCAUUCUCCCCCAAUACUUCCGCGCCAAGAGAGGACUAGCCAACGGGUUGGCUGCCAGCGGUAGCAGCAUUGGCGGUGUUGUCUAUCCCAUCAUGUUUGAUCAAUUGCAGAAGAAGGUCGGUUUUGCCUGGGCCACUCGGGCUCUUGGGUUCGUCUGCUUUGGAACCAUCUGCAUAUCAGUCAGUAUCAUGCGUCAGCGAUUCCAACCUAAGGAAAAGCGCAAGCUCGUUCAACUAUCUGCAUUGAAAGAGCCAGCUUUUACCACUUUCGCCAUCGGUAUGUUUAUGGGCUUCUUGGGCUUCUACAAUUUCCUCUUUUACGUGCAGUCCUACGCCAUCGAAACCGGUAUUGUGGAUUCGAACUUGGGCUUUUACCUAUUGUCUAUGCUGAAUGCCGCUUCGACAUUCGGCCGUAUUGCUCCCAACUUCCUUGCUGAUCAUGUUGGACCUAUCAAUAUGCUCACGCCCGCCGUGGCCAUCACUGCCAUCUUGGCCUUCGUCUGGAUCCGUGUCCACACUGUCCCGGGGAUCAUCAUCCUAGCCAUCUUCUACGGCUUCUUCUCCGGUGGCUUUGUCUCUCUGCCGCCAGUGGUUAUGGCAAGCAUGACACCAGACGUGCGCAAUCUGGGUACACGUCUAGGCAUGGUUUUUGCAAUCGUCUCUAUUGGUCUGCUCAUCGGUACGCCCAUCGGUGGUGCCAUCUUGGCCAAGACGAAUCAAUUCAUUGGAGUGCAGCUGUUUACUGCAUGCUGUCUUAUCACGUCUGCUGUUCUCAUGGUGAUUGUGAGGCUAUUGCGUACAGGAUUCAAGUUCCACGUCAAGGCCUGA